CGUGGGUACUUCUGAUGAAGUGCUUCCGGUGGCUUGACGACGGAGAUUAAGCAGCGGAUGUUAGCAGCGGAUGUUAGCGGCGUUACAGUGAAAGCGAAUAACUGGAUUUAAGAGUUUGUUGUUAUUAAAAGAGACGUCAACAUGUCGGACGACAGGGCUGAGAGAUCAGAUGGGAAAAUGGUGAAGAUGGAAAUUGACUACAGCGCGACUGUAGACCAGCGGCUGCCCGAGUGCGAGAAAUUAGCUAAAGAAGGGCGGCUUCAGGAAGCUGUCGAGAAUCUUCUGUCUCUGGAGAAGCAAACCAGGACGGCUUCGGACAUGGUGUCCACAUCCCGGAUCUUGGUGGCCAUCGUGCAGAUGUGCUACGAGGCAAAAGACUGGGACGCUCUCAACGAGAACAUCAUGUUGUUAUCGAAGAGACGCAGUCAGCUGAAGCAGGCUGUGGCCAAGAUGGUGCAGGAGUGUUACAAGUACGUGGACACCGCCAGUGACCUGACUGUCAAACUGAGGCUCAUCGACACUCUCCGAACCGUUACUGCCGGAAAGAUUUAUGUUGAGAUCGAGCGUGCGAGACUCACGAAGACACUGGCUGGCAUUAAAGAGCAGAGCGGUGAGAUUAAGGAAGCUGCGUCCAUUCUGCAGGAGCUGCAGGUGGAAACGUACGGCUCCAUGGAGAAGAAAGAGAAGGUGGAGUUCAUCUUGGAGCAGAUGAGGCUGUGUAUAGCUGUUAAAGACUACAUCCGAACCCAGAUCAUCAGCAAGAAGAUCAACACCAAAUUCUUUAAGGAGGAAGGCACCGAGGAGUCAAAACUAAAGUACUACAAUCUGAUGAUUCAAGUGGAUCAGCAUGAAGGCUCCUACCUCUCCAUAUGCAAACACUACCGGGCCAUUUACGACACCCCCUGCAUCCUGGAGGACAGCUCCAAGUGGCAGCAGGCCCUGAAGAGCGUGGUGCUCUACGUGGUUCUGUCUCCGUACGACAACGAACAGUCCGAUCUGGUCCAUCGGAUCAGCACAGACAAGAAACUGGAAGAAAUUCCUAAAUACAAGGACCUCCUGAAACAGUUCACUACCAUGGAGCUGAUGCGCUGGUCCUCACUGGUGGAGGAUUAUGGGAAAGAGCUGCGCGAGGGCUCUCCUGACAGCCCUGCCACUGACGUCUUCACCAACACCGAGGACGGAGAAAAGAGAUGGCAGGACCUGAAAAACCGAGUGGUAGAGCAUAACAUAAGAAUUAUGGCUAAGUAUUACACAAGAAUCAUGAUGAAGAGGAUGGCUGACCUUCUCGACCUUUCCAUUGACGAGUCCGAGGCGUUCCUGUCUAAUCUGGUGGUGAACAAGACCAUCUACGCCAAAGUGGACCGUCUGGCAGGCAUCAUCAACUUCCAGAGGCCCAAAGACCCCAACGACUUGCUGAACGACUGGUCCCACAAACUCAACUCCCUCAUGUCCCUCGUCAACAAAACCACACACCUCAUCGCCAAGGAGGAAAUGAUCCAUAACCUGCAGUAACCGCUGUCUUCAGCUCGGGAUCAGAUUAUACAGCUGGCUCAGUUGGACAGAAUUUCUUUUUGCAGUUAAAAAAAAUAAAACCCAGUUUGUUAGGAAUCUCUGUCAGUAAAAACCAUGAUCUUCAUUCCCACAUCCUUUGGCUGUUGCUUAGUGGUAUUGGUUUUGUUGUUUAGACAGUCUGGACUCGUCUCCACUGUAAACUGCUGAUCAGAGGGAAUGUAGACAAAUCUGAUCUCGGAUGUUUGGUUUUCCGAGUGCAGAUAAAACCAGGGUCAUGGUAUUGGUACAGGAAUAAUAUAAAAUGUUUGGAAAAUGGUCAAAAUCUGCAUUGCUGUAUACGAUUGAUGGUCCAUGGCUAAUAACUUUUUUUUUUUUGGAGUGUUUUGCAAAGUACACAUUAAAUAUUUCUUUUGAA